ACUGGGGGCCAAUUCCCUCUCCAUUUUAUAAACCAAUUAUAUAAGCUCCUAUUCCAUUGCUCACAUCCCCAUCUCACCUUCCAACGUGGCUUACCGAUGGCAUUCAGGAGGCAAGUGAAAAACUUCAUGAAGAAUUACUCAGAUGCCGAAAUAAAAGUCAGGGAAGCAACUUCUAAUGACCCUUGGGGUCCCUCUAGUUCUUUGAUGUUAGAUAUCAGUGACCUGACUUUCAACACAAUUUCUCUGUCGGAGAUUAUGAACAUGCUAUGGCAGAGACUCAGCGAUCACGGGAAGAACUGGCGCCACGUGUAUAAGUCCCUUACGCUCAUGGAUUAUCUCAUCAAGAAUGGAUCGAAGAAAGUCAUCCAGCACUGCAGAGAGGGCUUCUGUAAACUUCAGACACUAAAAGAUUUUCAACACAUAGAUGAAGCUGGAAAAGACCAAGGAUACUACAUCCGGGAAAAGUCGAAACAAGUCAUCACAUUGCUGGUGGAUGAACAGUUGCUGCACAGAGAGAGAGAAGUCGCAUGUCGGACGAGACAGCGAACCUCCUACUUUGUGGCAUUUCCUAAAAGAUUACCUGGUACAGCCAACUCCCCAGCAGCAUGUGCCUCUGCCCACACACCAGAAAUUCCUGCCUCGGAGAAGAAAUGUAAGCUUCUUAACGUUGCAAGGCGACACAAUAAAAAAAAUGCUUCCAAGGCAGGAUUAAAACAAGAGCAGCGCCAAGAUAUUCAACUGCCUGGUGGGACUGCGCUGUCCCAGGAAGCACUACCAGUCAGGAUGAAUGCUUGGAAAUCAACAGAGGACCUGAUGUUAUUUUAUGAGGACGAUCCAAAGCCAGUUUUGCCUACGGUUCCUCCUCCUGUUAUCUCGUCAACUAAACUGUUAUCAGAAGAACAAGCAGACGUUUGUAACCUCUGUGAUGCAGAUGCUAUGCCUACUCCCUCAGAAGAAAGCCCAUCUCUGCAGUCAAAUGUGAGUUUGGACAAGAAAUCAGACUGUACCGUCACAAAUACCAUAACCGAAAGCCCUUUGCAAAUCCCUCUGGAGAAGCAGUCAGCUGCAAAAAGUUUUGAAACAUUGACAACUUUACCAUCACUUUGGUCAUCGAAUACAGAAGAGUUUAUCAACCCUAAUUUAAGGAUGUCCAAGUCCGAUUCCACGUUCUACAACCAGACUUCUGUGGAGACACUCUAUGUCUCUCCUUCAUUCAAAACAUUCGACCCAAGGAAGGAUCAUCUGAAGCCAGCACAGUCCAGCAUUUUGCAGAUGGAUGAGGAAAACCUCAAGACUGUGACCACGUGGGUUUCAACCACUUCUGAAGGAACUGCCUCCUUUUCUACUUUAUCCAUGCCGUCUCCUGGUUCGGCCUCUCCGGAGAAGUCUGUUCAUCUCCUACCCCCGAUUUUGGCGGGAUCUUCCUUCUGGACUCUGAUCCAUCAACAGUCUUCUUCUGCCUCCUUUAAAGAUGAAGAUAAGACAGGCAGAGCUCACCACCCCUUUGCUUCUAGGGGCCGAGUAUCUUCUGAUGAAGAGAACAACAACCUUCAUCCACUGGGAAGUCUUCCAGAGAACUCUGAGUCUGCUAAGGAGCAGACAAGUCCUGCUUCUGCCAGUAACUGGGCAGAGUUUUCCGCCGCCAGUGUAGACCAUGUCACCUCUGUGUCCUGUCCGAGUUUUCAGACACCUGCCGGCCUGCCGGGGGAGCCUGAAGCAAACAAUUCCAUUAAAAUUCUGCUAGGGGAGGUGAAAAGUGCCAUAGUCAAACUACACGAAGACCUGAGCACGGUGAUAAGAGAACUUAAUGUCAUCAAUAGCCAUCUGGUGAGCAUGAGUGAGAAUAGUCUGCAACUAAGCAAGUCUUCCCAGCCUCCCCAUGCUCCCGAGGGGACCUCAGAUCACAUCUAACAAGCCCAAGAGCCACUUUUGGUAGAAUUCGUGUGGUCCCACUUCCCGAAGACUUAAGUUAACUUUUUAUAGAUUCUCACCAAUUCUGGCAAAAAUCUGGUAGUAGUUUGAUUUUUCCUCGUCAGGCUUAUUAUUGAAUUAUCUUUCAAACCAAUCAACUCAUUUGGGUGGUUUAUUUUUAAAAAAAGAAAAGGUACCACUUUGAUAAUAUUGUAAGAUUUAAAUAGGAACUAGUUUUCAUUUGAAACUGAAGACAGUUUCUUUCUUCCACACCCUGGACUUUACCUCAAAAUAUGUUCAGCAUUAGAGGAAGUUGUGACAAGAUCUCAAACUGCAAAUGGCUCUCCCAGAGCUGUUGGAUGAGCAGGCAGUAAGAAGCCCUUCAGAGCCUGGGGUAGCUGUUCCAGAUGCUCGCGUGCCGAGUUUCAGAUUCUGCAAACCAAGGGCCAGCAACCUUUCCCUUCCUGUGACUGCCACUGUUGGUUGGGGAUUAAGCUAAGACAAGUGGAGCAUGGAACAAGUGUUUUUAUUGUUAAUGUAUAUUGCAAAGUGAAUUCAAAUGCAUAAUUUUCUUUCUUGUAUUCGGAAAAUAAACGUGAUAUUUUUCAUCUUC